AUGACAGAUCAAUUCGCUUACUCAUAUCCAUCGCCGUUGGAGGGCUAUGGGGACUUGAAGCCACUGACCGACGAGCGCAACGAAGAUGGGAAAUCUCUGAAGAAUCCCGAAACCGGCGUCCUAAGCAAAGCCUACGAAGAAUUUCCAGACCCAGUGAGCAAAGGCCGACGCGGCGGGUUCGACGUGCACAUCUACCACUUCCAGACAAAUCCAGACCAAGUAGCCUACGCCAAGGCCCUCCACGAAAGAAUUCGACGCGAAUUCCCCGAACUCCGCAUUUAUAAAUUCUUCGACCAACCCGUUGGCCCGCACCCCGUCGCCAUGUUCGAAGUAAACGUGUUCACACCAGCACAGUUCGGAGCUUUUAUUCCCUGGCUGAUUAUUAACCGGGGCCAGCUGAGUGCACUGAUCCACCCGAAUACGGAUAUAGAGGCGGGUCGGUCGGAGGGGGCGGAGGAAGAGCGGAAUCAUACGCAGCGGGCGACGUGGUUAGGGGAUCGAAUUCCGUUGGACUUGAGGUUGUUCAAGCUGUGGAAGGAGAAGGAAAGGAGGGAAGAAGAGGCGGAAAAAGACAAGCAGGGGAGGUUGUGA